AUGAGGUCUCUCGCUGGUUUUUGGAUCGUUCUGCUGGGCUGCUCAGCCCUGUGUCACACAGCACCCACAGUCGCCCCGACAGUUUCACCAGAGGAAGAAGACCUGGCUCAGCUAUACCUCACUCAGUUCUACGAUGACAUUGGGGUGGCAAACACCUCAACCGGUAGACUCAUAAGAAGAAACUUCACAGAGGAUCUGGAGACCAUGCAGUCUUUCUUUGGCCUUGAGGUGACUGGUACACUGAACAAUGAAACACUUGAGGUGAUGAAGGCGCCCAGGUGUGGUGUGUCAGACGUCAGCCAAUAUGGACACUUUGCUGGAAAACCCAGAUGGAGGAAAAGGCUGAUUACAUACAGGAUCACUCAGUACACUCCAGAUCUGAGCCAGCAACAGGUAGAUUAUACCAUUGCUCAGGCCUUCCAGCUCUACAGCGAUGUCAUCCCUCUGGACUUUAAACAAAUCCGCUCUGGUACUGCAGACAUCAUGAUUCUCUUCAAGGGUGGAUAUCACGGGGACUUUUACCCCUUUGAUGGGAGAGGGGGCGUCUUGGCUCAUGCUAACUCUCCAGGAAGGAAUCAGGGAGGGGACACGCACUUUGACGAUGAUGAAACCUGGACUCUUACCCGAAGAGGUGUGAAUCUGCUGCUGGUGGCUGCCCAUGAGUUUGGCCAUGCUCUGGGCCUGGAUCACUCCAGGGACAGGAGGGCACUCAUGUUCCCCACUUAUCAAUACGUUGACACAACUGGAUACAGGCUGCCAGAUGAUGAUAGACGUGGGGUUCAAGCCCUCUACGGCAGCCGUACACCAGAGCCCACCAGAGCACCUAAACCUAAGCCCCCUCCUCGCCCAGAGCCUGAACCAGAGCCAGAGGAGCCAACGGAGGGCCCCGACCCUCUGCCCAACCCUGGAAAUGAGCAGUGCAGUCGCGGUCUUGUGUUUGACGCCGCUACUUCCAUCAGAGGAGACCUGUUCUUCUUCAAAAAUGGGUACUACUGGAGAAAGAAUCAACAAGGCAUCAGAUUAACCAAGGUUAGCACAAAAUGGUCAAGAAUCAACUCUGUAGAUGCUGCAUAUGAGGUCCCCUACAAGGAUGCGGUGUAUCUUUUUGAAGGUAAACAGUACUGGGGCAUAAAGGCUUAUGCAAAGACAUUAAGGCCAGGAUAUCCAAAGCCUCUUACCAACCUCGGCCUCCCGUCUUCAGUUCAAAAGGUGGAUGCAGCAGUUUACGAGCCAACAUCUAGAAAAACAUUCAUAUUUGUAGGUGGACAAUAUUGGAGCUAUGAUGAGGGAAGAAACCAAAUGGACCGUGGAUAUCCACGAAGCAUUAGGAGAGACUUUCCUGGGAUAGGCUCCAAAGUGGAUGCAGCCUUUGAGAAUUAUGGAUAUCUGUAUUUCUCAAAUGGCCCCAGACAGAGUGAGUACUACCUGCCCUGGAGGAGAGUGAUGCGAGUACUGCUCAACUAUGGCUGGCUCAACUGUUACUAA